AUGCCAGCUCCUAAAUCAGCAGCUAAAAAUUUAUCGGCUCACAAUCACAAUACUAUUCUCGGUAACAGCCACCCACACCCUCACAAACAUCAGGUACGUCAUCAGCACACGCACCAUUCGCACCCGCACCAGUUCGGUCAAAGUGGUUUCCACACUCACGAAGUCCGGAAAACAAGCGUCGAUGCAACACAUCUUCCCGGAUUAAACGGUGGGUUCGUGAAAAGUGAACGGGAACCGUCGUUGCCAACACCGGAGCAUGCAAGUGUACAGAUCCCCGUGAUGGAGGAGGAACGGAGGACUGGCGCAGGCCAGGAUCAGGGAAAGAGUCUCGUUCCACACACCACCGCCACGAUUGUCAAUAGUGAUGAAAACAGUACAAAAGAUAAUGGCGCGAACGGUCCCAGUACCACUAAAAACCCGUCGUCGUGGGAUCCUCAAGACGAUCUGCUGCUGCGUCAUUUGAAAGAGGUGAAAAGACUGGGAUGGAAGGACAUCUCCCUGUACUUCAAAAAUAGGACCCCCAAUGCGUGCCAAUUCCGGUGGAGGAGGUUGAAAUCCGGUAAUUUGAAGUCGAAUAAGACCGCGCUGGUCGACGUCACCGAUUUAAACAUCAUGGAGCUGAAAUCUCCGAAUAUCGAUCUGGAAUACUUGACAAAGAACAGUGGGAACCUGCCAAGCAAGUUUUCUGUGAAUAUUCCAACACCUCCAAUUGCGCCGCUGGGAUCCGCAGGGAAGGCGCAGACCUCGUUUAACAGGGCAAUAGACGAAACAAACAAACCUCACUAUCAAAGACAGAACACACCGGAUUCAGAUACAACCCGCAUGAGCCCGCCCAGAGUACUGGACGCCAACUCAAGUCCAGGUAAGUUGGCGAGCGGCAUGCACACUAUCUUAUCUUCAGCGUCAACAAGCAAUUCGAAUGGAAAGAAGCAAUCUGAGGCGGCCAGUGGUCAGUUGAAGAAAUCUUACCCCGCAGCGAACACCACCAAAUUUGUCAAGCCAAGAUCGUUCUCCCACUCGGCCACAAGACCGAACUUGCAAUCGCAGAAGACUCCACACCAACAUCACCACAAACCGCAGUACAGAAAUGUUUUCCCAACAGAGGAGGAAAACAUUGGCUUCGUCCCAAAAAUCAUCGUGAGAUCGAGGAGGAGCUCGUUGAACCCGCUACAGCUGCCAAACUUGUCAAACUUGCCUCAGGACAACUUCAUGCAUGCAUUAAACACAACAUUAACUACCAUGAAGUCGAGGAAAAAUUCGUUCGUUUACUCGCGGAGGUCGUCCUUUAACUUAUCUAGCGUCCCUACUUCGAGGAGAUCGUCGUUCAAUCUAUCGAGCACCAACACGUCACGGCGAUCAUCCAUCGUUACCCCCGCAGCACCACCUCCACCACCAAGUAUCAAACUUGGAGCCGGGUUGGUCACUGCGCCUAGGAAGGAUUUCAUGACACCACAAGCGUCAUACAUGGACUCCUCUCUAAGGCCAACCAGGGAGAAACAACAUUUCAAAAAAUGGAGUAAAGAUGAAGAUGACUUGCUACUAGAGGUCAACAGCAAGAAAUUCACACUGAAAGAGCUGUCAAUUGUUCUAGGACAGAGGUCCGAAGAAGAGAUCCAGUGGAGGUUUAACCAUCUAAACAGCCGGACCAACACCCUGGGCAGCCAUGAUAUUGACACCUCGUCCAGACACUCUAAGAACACGGUUACUACUAUAAAACCAGAUCCGUCACAGAUAAUAAAGGAGGUCAUAUAA